AUGGCUAUGACCGAAAAGUCCGGGCAUGGCAUCGACAUUCAAGACGACAACAUGCAGGAUAGCAUUCUUACUUCUCAGCUGGAGAUGCCCAACGUCAAGGUCACUUACAGGACGCUGUUUCGAUAUGCAUCCAGAGAGGAGAUCUCUAUUCUGGUCCUGUCCGCUUGCUGCGCCGUUGUUUCAGGGGCUGUCCAACCGCUCAUGACGCUUGUGUUGGGGUCUUUGGCUGGGCAGUUCGCGGGCUUCUCAGCUGGAUCAACAGCAACAUCGGACUUCCAUCAUGAGCUUAGCAGACUUGCUCUGUAUUUCGUUUACCUGGGCAUCGGAUCCUUGGUUUCCGUCUUCAUCACGAUCCAAGGCUUCUCCUAUGCUGGAGAAGCAAUUACACAGAGAACGCGGGAAGCGUAUCUGAAAGCCAUAAUGCGACAAAACAUUGCCUUCUUCGACAGUGUCGGGGCUGGAGAAGUGACCAGCCGCAUUACCGGCGAUAUGACCAUGAUCCAGGACGGCAUAUCCCAGAAACUGGGCCUCACCGCAGCUGGAGUGACAACUUUCUUCGCAGCCCUUGCGGUCGGCUUCGUCAGGUCUUGGAAGUUGACGCUUGUCAUGCUAUCCGUGACCAUCCUGAUCAUUCUCGUUAUGGGCGGUGCCGGCAAGGGAAUAAAACAGCAUCAGCUGCAGGCAAACGAUGCUUAUGCUGUCGGGGCCACCGUCGCCGAAGAAGCCUUUACUUCCAUUCGAAGCACCACUGCCUUUUGUGCACAGAAUUGGCUGGCCCAGAGAUUCAGCAUGCAUUUGGAUAACGUCAGACGUUUUGACUUCAAGAGCAAAGCGUUUUUGGCUUCUAUGAUCGCCGCGAUGAUGGCCAUCAUGACCUUGCAGUACGGCCUCGCCUUUUGGGAAGGAUCGCGUUUGCUACAGGAUGGCAGCAUUUCGGUUUCGAAGAUCAUCACCGUCAUUUUCUCUUCCAUGCUGGCUGGAGUGUCUAUCGGACAUGUGGCUCCGCAUUUCGGUGCCUUUGCCGCAGCGACCGCUGCUGGCCAGAAGAUAUUUCAAGUCAUCGACCGGAAGUCGCUUCUGGAUCCGAUGUCCAGGGCUGGCAAGAAACCCUCAACCGUGGAAGGCGAGAUCGUCUUCAAAGACGUGCGACACGUUUACCCGUCACGCCCAGAUAAUGUCGUCCUCGAUGAUUUGAAUUUUGUCAUUCCGGCCGGCAAAACCACUGCUGUCGUGGGCAAAUCGGGAUCCGGCAAGUCCAGUCUGGUGAGCCUGAUAGAGCGGUUCUAUCAACCCGUUGGCGGGGAGCUGAGUCUCGAUAAUUUGCCCCUACAGGAGCUGAAUCUGCAUUGGCUUCGGACACAGAUUGCCAUGGUUGGUCAAGAGCCUGUUCUCUUCAACACCACGGUGUACGAUAACAUCCGUUUCGGACUGUUGGGGACCGAGCUUGAGGAUGCACCCAAGGAAAAGGUUUCCGGCUUGAUUGAAGAGGCUGCGAGAACAGCAAAUGCGUAUGAGUUCAUCUCAAACUUGCCCCGUGGGUUCCAGGCUCGUGUUGGGGAACGUGGAAUGCUCCUUUCCGGUGGUCAGAGACAACGAAUUGCAAUAGCACGGGCUGUUGUGUCGAAUCCCAAGAUUCUUCUUCUCGAUGAAGCCACUGCCUCACUAGACCUGCACGCUGAGACUCUUGUGAGAGCUGCGCUCGACGCCGCAUCAAAGAACCGAACUACUCUAGUAAUUGCACAUCGACUUUCGACCGUCCGACAAGCCGACAAUAUAAUCGUCCUCAGCGCAGGAAAGCUUGUCGAGCAAGGUACUCAUGAAGAGCUUAUGCGCAGUAAGGGAGUCUAUCACUCAAUGGUCGCGGUCCAGCAAAUCGAAUAUAGUCGGCCGUCCGAUGGCGUCGAAUUGCAUGGCAGUGGUGUUGGCGGUCUUGAGAAGGUUGAAGAGUCGAACUCAAUGUUGACUAACGCAUCGACGCACGACACUUCUCCAAAGCUUAGUAACCAGAGACAUUACAGUCUCUGGGCGCUCAUCCAGUUCAUAUGGUCGCUUAACCAAGAUGAGCACUCAUGGAUGGUACUUGGAUUUCUUGUCUCGAUGGGCACGGGAGCCGGGUACCCCAUACUCGCUAUCUUCUACGGGAAUUCAAUUGUCUCCCUGGUAAAUCCCAGUGAGAGCACUGGUGCUCACGACAUUGACUUCUGGUGUGGGAUGCUUCUCAUGCUGGGACUGGUCAUUCUGGUCCUGUACAUGGUCCAAGGCAUGACUUUUGCUUGGGCAUCGUCUCGGUUGGUCUGGCGUACCAGAGACUUGACCUUCCGUGCAAUUCUCCGUCAAGACAUGGCCUUCUUUGACAUGAAGGAAAACACUUCCGGAGCUCUGGCAUCCAUACUUUCCACGGAAGCCACAAUGAUAGCCGGCAUGAGCGGAGCAACGCUGGCGGCCCUGCUGAACUUUGUGGUGUCGAUUAUUGGAGCCAUCGCCGUGUCCUGUUCGUUUGGCUGGAAACUGGCCCUUGUGUGCACCUCGACAAUGCCGCUCCUUCUCGCUUGUGGCUUUCUCCGGACGUGGGUGAUGGCUGACCUGGAGAAGCGAACUCGACGCCAGACCGAAGCAGCGGGGUUCGCCUGUGAGGCUGCAUCCACCAUCCGUACGGUAGCUUCACUGAGGAUGGAAGAAAAUGUCUGCUCUCGGUACAGCGCGAUGUUGAGGCAGCAGACGAAGCAGGACUUUCGGUCAUUGCUUCUGUCUUCCAUGCUUUAUGCUACCUCGCAAUCCCUCAUGUUGUUUGCCAGCGGCCUCGCCUUUUGGUAUGGAGGAAGCUUGAUCAUGAAAGGCGAGUACACGGUGAAACAAUUCUUCGUGUGCUUUGUGGCCGUCAUCUGGGGAUCUCAGGCCGCUGGAGCUAUCUUCUCGUAUGCCGGGGACAUGAGCAACGCAAGGGCGGCAGCCGCUCGGGUAAAGACUCUCCUCGGUCGAACACCGACUAUUGACUCGUGGUCAGUUACAGGCAAGGCUAUCCCACAUGGGCUCAAGGGCCACAUUGAACUUCGCGACGUGUCUUUCUUCUACCCAACGCGCCCAAGUCGACUGGUCCUCAAGAACAUCAGCAUCACAGCCGAGCCAGGGCAGUUCAUUGCGCUGGUGGGCGGAAGUGGCAGCGGCAAGAGCACUAUCAUAUCCUUACUUGAGAGGUUCUACGAUGUCGCGUCCGGAGGGAUCUAUGUGGACGGGAACGAGAUUUCGACGUACCAGAUCCAGGCUUAUCGGGGCCAGCUGGCGCUGGUGAGUCAGGAGACGACAUUGCACAUGGGCACCGUCAGGGAUAAUAUCCUCGCUGACAAGGAGGACGCCCCAGAGGAGGACCUUAUCCAGGCGUGCAAGGACGCCAAUAUUUACGACUACAUCAUCUCCUUGCCCGACGGAUUCAACACCUCGGUCGGCCCUAAGGGCAGUCUGCUUUCCGGCGGCCAGCGGCAGCGUAUUGCUAUUGCAAAAGCCCUCCUGCGCAACCCUAGAAUCCUGCUCCUGGACGAAUCCACCUCGGCGCUGGACUCGACUUCUGAGGCCGCUGUACAAGCAGCUCUCGACCGCGCCGCAACGGGUCGCACGACGAUCGCUGUCGCCCACCGCCUCAGCACGAUCCAGCACGCGGACGUCAUCUACGUCCUUGAGCGAGGAAGCGUGGUUGAGCGUGGCAGUCACCCAGAGCUGAUGCGUAAGAGGGGCCGGUAUGCUGAAUUGGUGCGGUUGCAGGAGAUUGGUUCGGCAUCAUAG